UAAGGGCGCGGCGGCGAGCGGCGGGCAGGCAGAGCGAAGAUGGAGAUCGCGGCGGCCGUCGGCUUCGUCAGCCGCUUGCUCCGCAACACCGGGCUCGUCAGCCCGGCGCAGCUCCAGGUCUUCGGCCGCUCGUUGCAGGACGCGCUGGCCGAGCACUACAGACAUCACUGGUUCCCAGACAAGCCGUGCAAAGGGUCGGGUUACCGCUGCAUCCGAAUAAAUCACAAAAUGGACCCGUUGAUUGGGAAGGCCGCCAGCAGAAUAGGGCUCAGCAGUCAGCAGCUCUACAGACUCCUGCCCAGUGAGCUGACCCUCUGGGUCGACCCAUACGAGGUCUCUUACCGCAUCGGUGAAGAUGGCUCCAUUUGUGUUCUUUAUGAAGCGACACCAGCCAAUAACCUUGGAAUGCUAACUUGUAAAGAUGAGUUGAACCUGGGGCGCACAAGUCCUCCCAAAAACUACUGGAUGACCGUUUCGAGCUGAAGCACUGCUGUAACUGAACAAUAUAUACCUUAAGUGGAUUUUUUUUUAAAGUUCUGUGGCUUAAAUCAUUGGAUCUUAUCAACCUGCAUAAGCAGAACUUGGUGUCUGGUAUGACUUAACAGUUAUCUGAAAAGGGAUUUUCCAAGGGAGUAUCAAGUGGGCUGUAAUCUAAUUAUGAAACUAUUUUAACAAUAGCUUCAUAACUGGGUUUUCAUGGCUACUUUAGCUGAGUAAAUGUAACUAAGGUUGGCACCUAAUUAAACUUUAUUCUGAUAAUUCAACGUUGAGCGUUGGAAACUUGAUAAAGCACUGAAAAAACACUUUAAUCCUAUUUGACUUUUUCACAAACAUGGUGUAUUGAUCAAAAACGAGUUUGGUUUUUAAAAUUGUAUCACUUUACAAGUCUGACUCUAGUAAGUUGUUUUUUGGGAACUUGCUAACAGUGCACACAUCAGACUUGUAAAGAGAUUCAUUGUUUUGUCAUGAACCCAUUUUAAAACAUGUUUUGCAUAUCCCAUGUUUAAGGGGACACUGCCUUUUGGACUAAACUGUGAAUGAUUUCCAGUAGCUUGUAAUACCAACAGGAUUUUGUAUAAUGCUGUUUAAAAUGAGCUUGAGGAAAAAUCCCUUUGGUAGCAUAUUGUGGAUCUAUUCUGGUCGAUGUACAUAAGUUGAGUCUAAGCUAUGUGAAUGGAAACUGUUGUACAUUUUUAAGUAUUGUACAGCUGUAUUGGAGAAAUUGUACAGUUUUCUAAGUUUUAAUUAAAGUAUACUUUUGCUUGGAAA